AUGGCUUGGAUUAGUGCCGCUGCUGUGCUUGAAGAUUAUGUUAAUGACAAUCGUCAGUGUGAUAAUUGCAAUUCUACCAAUAUCAAUCUCAUUUCUGGUUCAGAACUCACAUGUUUAACCUGUGGUCAAAUCACAUCUAAUGCAAUAGACUCUCACUUAGAUGAAUAUUCGUUGCAAUUAGUUAAAGACAAUGGGUUAAGGCCUAUACUAUUUGACAAGAGCAAAUUAUCCCUGGAAUGGAAGAAGGUUUGUAAUCAACUCAACAUUUCAGAUGAUAGCUUUUUGCGCAAAAUGUUACAUGAAAGGAGAAGAGCUAGGAGGAAGAUUGCCAACAAUCGCCAAUAUUUUCUUCUUUUAAUUGGCUCGCUUUACUACAUUCAGAAGCGAAAUUCCGGGGCUUCAAUAUUUCUAGAUGAUAUAGUCAAUCGUUUGGGAUUAUCAACUGUCACUAAGAAAUUUGCUAAAGUAAUUUCUGAAGUAUCACUCCAAUUAAAUGUAAAAAUUCAUUCACAAAGUCUUCAAUCACUUAUAUCCAAUUUAAUUAACCAAUUGAUAUCCAAUAGAUAUUCUGAAUAUGUUAAAAUUGUUAAUAACGAUACAUUUAGUCCAAAAUCAUUCCUCACGCAAUUAAUUUGUAAUAAAACCCUUACGCUGGAAAAUAAAGUGGCAAUAAAUUCUACAACAUUUAGCAACUUUAUUUCUGAACAUAAUAAAUUGAUCGUUGAUAAUACAGUUGAUAUUUUGCAUAGGUUUCAGAUGCUGGACACAAAUUUGCAAUUUGUUGAUGAUAUUUUCGCUAGUGAAUGGCGGAAAUAUGGAUGUUUAUCUAAAAUUACUUUAGCAAUCGCAAUCCACAUUGCACUAUACAAACUCUCAAUCCCUUUGCCGGUUAAAGAAUAUGUCACUCUACUAGCAAUUAACAGAUCCUCAUUUUACAGACGUAGAAGUUAUAUUCAAAAAUUAAUUGGAGCUGAAGACCCAGUUAUACCUAUUAAAUACUUUGGCAUCAACACGAUUAAAUCGGAUGAUGAUAUAAUGAUAAGUGAUAACACUACUGGUAUUGAUAGGCAAAAAAAAAAAUGUGCUGAAAAGUAUGCUCAAUUGCAAAAGGAAAUUAACUCUAAACAUUUAAAUAUGGAUAGGCAAUGCAUCACGGUGACUAAUGAUAAGAGAUCCAAAUGUAUUGUAUGUAGAUACCGUUCUAAUGGUAAAAUUAAAAAAAGAUGUUUUAGUUUCAAUCGUUAUGGUAUAGAGGGAGCUAAAAAAUUAGCUGAGGUAUUCAAAUUAUCGCACACAAAUUGUAGCAAUCAUGGUACAUUAUAA